GGUCUAUUCACCUACCUCUCUCUCUCUCUCUCAGGGUUUAACGUCGUCUCUCUAGGGUACACUGUAGCUUCUCCAUCUCUCGUAAAUCGUUGCUUAUAGCAAACCCUAGAAGCUUAAGCAAUGAAAGUCAAAGUAAUAUCGCGUUCAACAGAUGAAUUCACUCGCGAACGAAGUCAGGAUCUCCAGCGAGUAUAUCGGAACUUCGACCCAAAUCUGCGAACGCAAGAAAAGGCAAUCGAAUAUGUCCGGGCUGUUAACGCAGCUAAAUUGGAGAAGAUAUUUGCAAGGCCAUUUGUUGGAGCAAUGGAUGGGCAUGUAGAUGCCGUCUCGUGUAUGGCCAAGAACCCGAAUCACUUGAAAGGAAUAUUUUCUGGUUCUAUGGAUGGAGACAUUCGGCUUUGGGACAUGGCUUCAAGGCGAACAGUUUGUCAGUUUCCUGGUCACCAAGGUGCUGUACGUGGGUUGACAGCAUCAACGGAUGGACGUGUUCUUGUAUCAUGUGGAACUGAUUGCACUGUCAGACUCUGGAAUGUUCCUCUUGCUAAUGUUAUGCACUCAGAUGACUCAUCUGAUAAUUCUGCUAAGCCAUUGGCGGUUUAUGUUUGGAAGAAUGCAUUCUGGGCUGUUGAUCACCAAUGGGAGGGUAAUAUCUUUGCCACAGCUGGAGCUCAAGUAGAUAUAUGGGAUCAUAAUAGGUCCCAGCCUGUGAAUAGCUUUGAGUGGGGAAAAGACACAGUUAUAUCUGUUCGAUUUAAUCCUGGAGAACCAAAUAUCUUGGCCACAUCAGCUAGCGAUCGUAGCAUAGCGAUAUAUGAUUUGCGAAUGUCAUCACCUGCAAGGAAGCUUAUUAUGAGGACAAAAACUAAUUCUAUAGCUUGGAAUCCCAUGGAGCCAAUGAAUUUCACGGCUGCAAAUGAAGAUUGCAAUUGCUACAGCUAUGAUGCUAGAAAAUUAGAAGAAGCUAAGUGUGUGCACAAGGACCACGUUUCUGCAGUGAUGGAUAUUGAUUAUUCUCCAACUGGUCGUGAAUUUGUAACCGGAUCUUAUGACAGAACAAUAAGAAUAUUUCAAUACAAUGGUGGCCACAGCAGGGAAAUCUACCAUACCAAGAGAAUGCAAAGGGUAUUUUGUGUAAAGUUCAGCUGUGAUGGAAGUUAUGUUAUCUCAGGGAGCGAUGAUACCAAUCUUCGGCUUUGGAAAGCUAAAGCAUCUGAACAAUUGGGAGUUCUUCUACCAAGGGAACGUAGAAAGCAUGAGUAUCAGGAGGCUGUCAAGAAUCGCUACAAGCACCUUCCUGAGGUCAAGCGUAUUGUGAGGCACAGGCACUUGCCGAAACCAAUAUACAAGGCUACUUCUCUCAGACGUAUUAUUACUGAAGCCGCAAGAAAGAAAGAUGAGAGGCGACGAGCUCACAGUGCCCCAGGAAGCAUGCCAAGGGAGCCAUUACGGAAAAGAAGAAUAAUUAAAGAAGUUGAAUAAACCUGUUUGUACAAGAAACAGAUUAUGGUCACUGAUUUUGCAGACUUAGUUUGGAUUUCCUUUCUCAGUUCAACUUGGGCCAAAAGAUACAAGUUUUGCUAGGUUCUGCAAUCUUUUUCCCCUCCAAAGCAACUUGUCAGUGUCAGACAAACAGUUAAAUCGAGACGGGAAAAAGAGUAUAUGUAACAAUUUUGGUAGAUACAGUUACUUUAUCAGUAUAGUCAAAUGCUAGGGUUGUAUCUUGCUACAUUGAAUGAUUAUCAACUUCUUGUGAUGUAUUGUUUUAUCAUUGUCUGGUUCAUUUUGGGUAGACUAUGGAUUGGGAGCUUCUAAUCAUUUCUUAUUUUACA